AUGGCCAGCUCCGGCAUCGCCUACCCCGACCGCUUCUACGCCGCCGCGGCCUACGCCGGCUUCGGCGCCGGCGCCCCUUCCACCGCCGCCAUCUCCCGCUUCCAGAACGACGUCGCCCUCCUCCUCUACGGCCUCCACCAGCAGGCGACGGUCGGGCCCUGCAACGUGCCCAAGCCCAGGGCGUGGAGCCCCGUGGAGCAGAGCAAAUGGACGAGCUGGCAUGGGCUUGGAAGCAUGCCGUCCGCAGAGGCGAUGCGUCUCUUUGUCAAAAUACUGGAGGAGGAAGAUCCUGGAUGGUACUCUAGAAUCCCUGAGUUCAUCAACCCUCAGCCUGUAGUAGAUAUUGAAAUGCAUAAACCAAAGGAAGAGCCGGACAUCGUACCGGCUUUGACAAAUGGAACUGGAACAUCACCAAUUCCAGAACCAAAAACCAUUUCUGAAAACGGAAGUUCAGUGGAGACACAAGACAAAGUUGUUAUUCUGGAAGGUCUUAGUACUGUCAGUGCUCACGAGGAAUGGACUGCAUUGUCUGUUAGCGGCCAGCGGCCUAAACCCCGCUAUGAGCAUGGAGCAACUGUUCUUCAAGACAAAAUGUAUAUAUUUGGUGGAAACCACAAUGGCCGUUAUCUUAGUGACCUUCAGGUUUUGGAUCUGAAGAGUUUGACUUGGUCCAAGAUUGAUGCCAAAUUGCAAGCAGGAACAUCUGAUUCAGCUAAAACAGCACAAGUCUCUCCAUGUGCUGGCCAUUCUUUGAUAUCAUGCGGUAACAAAUUCUUCUCUGUUGCUGGGCAUACAAAAGAUCCAUCUGACAGCAUUACAGUGAAGGAAUUUGAUCCACAUACUUGUACCUGGUCGAUUGUCAAGGCUUACGGAAAACCACCGGUUUCUCGUGGAGGUCAGUCAGUGACUCUUGUUGGAACAACUCUAGUCGUGUUCGGUGGCGAAGAUGCAAAGCGAUGUCUUUUGAAUGAUUUGCACAUUCUUGAUCUUGAAACCAUGACAUGGGAUGAUGUGGAUGCAAUAGGCACCCCUCCUGCUCCUAGAUCAGACCAUGUUGCUGCUUGCCAUGCUGACCGCUAUCUUCUAAUUUUUGGCGGCGGAUCUCAUGCGACAUGUUUUAAUGACCUACAUGUCCUUGAUUUGCAGACGAUGGAAUGGUCGAGACCCAAACAGCAGGGCCCGAUUCCAAGCCCACGAGCUGGUCACGCAGGUGCAACUGUUGGAGAGAAUUGGUACAUUGUUGGUGGUGGCAAUAACAAAAGCGGUGUCUCCGAAACACUUGUGCUUAACAUGUCAACUCUGGCAUGGUCGGUUGUUAGCACUGUAGAAGGACGUGUUCCUCUUGCCAGUGAGGGCAUGACUUUAUUGUAUAGCAAUUAUAGUGGAGAAGAUUAUCUCAUUUCUUUUGGAGGAUACAAUGGACGGUACAGCAAUGAGGUGUAUGCUCUUAAACUUAGUGUAAAGUUAGAUUUGCAGUCGAGCACAAAGGACCAACCAACCUCAGAUAGCACGUCUAGGGUGCUGGAACCUGAGGUUGAAAUUUCUCAAGAUGGGAAGAUACGGGAGAUUGCCAUGGACAAUGCUGAUUCGAAAAACAGAAAUGAUGAAGCAAAUGAACAACUUUUGGCAGCCCUUAAAGCUGAGAAAGACGAACUAGAGGCAACGCUUAACAGGGAAGGACUGCAAACUGUACAGCUUAAAGAAGAGAUAACUGAAGCAGAGGCCAGAAAUGCGGAGCUGACAAAGGAACUUCAAGCUGUCCGUGGGCAACUUGCCGCUGAGCAGUCAAGAUGUUUCAAACUGGAGGUGGACGUGGCGGAGCUGCGGCAAAAGCUUCAGAGUCUGGAUGCACUGGAGAGGGAGGUGGAGCUCCUUCGAAGGCAGAAGGCGGCUUCCGAGCAGGAGCAGGCGGCGCUGGACGCCAAGCAGAAGAAGCAAGCUGGCUCGGGCGGCGUGUGGGGCUGGCUUGUCGGAACCCCUCCAGACGACGAUGAUUCCGAGUCGUCGUGA